AUGACCAGGACCAUGUUUCCCAAGGGCAGAACCGCCAUCCUCGACUACUACGACUACCCCGAGAUAGCAGACAACAUCGUCCGGUACGCGACGCCUCAGACGCUGCGUGCGCUGCGCCUCGCCUCUCGCGGCCUCAAGACCGCAAUCGAUCGACGCUACCAGUCCAUGUACCGUAUCUGGGGUCACCGGGCCGCGCACCCCCUGUACAGGCGUCGCACAUACCUGAUGCUGGCGUCUCUCUCCCACCCCCUGGUCCAGAUCAUCGAGGAGUUCACGAGCCGCCCAAAUCCCAAUCGCAAGGCGCUGCAGUGGUGCGGUCCCGUGCUGCCCUUUGCCGAGCUCAACUUUGCCACAGCGCGGCCGCACAUCUUCUUCGUCUUCCCCCGUCUGGCAGGAUACUCUGACUUCGACCCGCAGCACCUCUACUCGCACAGUCCGCUUGCUGAACUCGUGCGCCUCAUUGCCGCCAGCAGCUUGAUUGACGGCACCAUGUGGCUCUUCAUCGGCACCGAGGAGUGGGACACGAUGCUCAACGUUCGCGGAGGCGCUGAGGGCUGCUUCUGGGAGUUCUUCAUUGACGCCAUCGUCAGGCGCAGGGACGGGCUGGACCCGAAUGAGGAGGUCACCGACGACAGGAGGAAGAGCCUCAACGCUACUGUCUGCGCUACGACUCGCGCCAACUGGAAGGAAUGGAGUCGGCCCGGCCUCGUUCAUACGAUCGAGUCGGUGACAGCGAGUCUCUUGGCUGAACGUCCUCUCUUAACCCCACCUGGAUCGCAGCCCCAGUUUCCCUUUACUCCACAGACACCCUCCCCCUACCGCAUGUAG